UAAUACCUUAUUAAAAGAACAAAGGGCGGUCCAAUAUGGCGGCGCCCAGUGGCGGUGUGAACUGUGAGGAGUUCGCCGAGUUCCAGGAAUUACUCAAGGUGAUGAGGACGAUUGAUGACAGAAUAGUACAUGAAUUAAACACUACGGUUCCAACAGCUUCCUUUGCAGGGAAAAUUGAUGCCAGCCAAACCUGUAAACAACUUUAUGAGUCACUGAUGGAGGCCCAUGCCAGUAGGGACAGAGUCAUAAAAAACUGUAUAGCUCAGACCUCAUCAGUAGUAAAACAGCUCCGAGAAGAGAGGGAAAAGAAUUUGGAUGAUUUAACGUUAUUAAAGCAACUUAGAAAAGAACAGACAAAGUUGAAAUGGAUGCAGUCAGAACUGAAUGUUGAAGAAGUGGUAAAUGACAGGAGCUGGAAGGUGUUUAAUGAAUGCUGCCGAAUUCACUUCAAGCCUCCAAAGAAUGAAUAAAAAGAUACUUUUUUUUUUAAGAUGGACC